AAUGAAAAGCAAAAUAAAAAAAUAACCACCUUAAUAUGCCCUCAAAUUAACAAAAGUAAAUUAGACUCUUGACUCCAAAAAUCUCAAAGUACUCAACCUUUAAGGAUUAUAAUUAUUACAAAUCGAUAUCAGAGUGGAAAAUCUACUAACUCUUAUUUUAGAUUGUAACAAUCUUAAGAAUGUAGACAUCAUUUCUCAAUUUCCCAAUUUAAAUACUUUGUCAAUAGCUCAUAAUCAAAUAGAAGAAUUCGAUGUCCCCUCAAGUAUUUUACUCAAUAUUAUCAAGCUCUUAGAAUAUUAAAUAUAUCUAAUAAUCUCUUAAAGACUAUCCAUCUAAGAUAAUUAUAACAGCUAGAUGCCAGUUCCAAUUAAUUAUAACUCCUUAAAUAAGAUUAAUAAAACAAUCUCACUUAGUUUAAAAUAGAUUGGCUAAAAAUAAUAAAUUAAAAUGAUGUCUGGGAACAUUUAACAAUAAAAUAAUUUGCAAAUUAAUAAUAAAUUACUUUCCAAUAAUUUUUAGACAAAGCAAUCGAUUUACUAAUACAAUAUGGAUUCAAAAAAGAGAAUAAUUGUUUCGACUAAAAGAUUAUUCACACUUCAAUACUCUAAAAUGAUAAAUAUUAUUUUGAUUUAAUCUUACCCUAUUACAAAGAGAAUCGGCAUCUUUUUGAUAAUUCUGAAACUCCUUUGUGUUUGGCAAUCAAAAAACUAAAAAUGAACUUUAUCGGAGAUCUCAUGAGUAACAUACCUAUCAAAUACGAAAUCGAUGCAUUUCAUGAAUCCAUUAAACAAGGACAAAUAUCUCUAGUAAAACAAUUCCUAGAGUUGGGAAUCGAUUCUAAUGGAUAUAGUUAAAAGGGGAUGACUCCCCUAACGAAUGCAGUCUUGAACAUUACCUAAAUGAAUAUGGAGAUGAUCAUUCAUCUGCUCCUUUAAAGUUAAGCUAAUCCCAACAAAUUAAAUUAAAAUGGGUAUUCAUUAAUUCAAAUGUGCAUCAUUAAAUCCAAUCUAACUGCACUUAGAUUCAUUGCAAAUCUGAAUAAAAAAAAACAAACUAGGUUGAAAUUUAGAAUGAACAUUAAAAAUACUAACGGAGAUUAUCCUUUGCAUUUAGCUGUGAAUAGUGUCAGCAUCCUCUAUUUUCUGCUCAAUAAUUAAAUUGGAAAUCCCUUAUAAGUUAAUUAUUAAAAUCUGACAGCCAAACAAAUGCCAUUCUCUUAGAAUAGACCCCUUGUGUAUAAAUUGCUACAAAAGGAAGAGAGACUUUAAGUCGCAAAAUAGUUAGCAAAAAAUGAUUUAAAAUUUAGAGUGUUGAACAAGUGUUAAAACACUUAAAAAGAUUAUAGUAGUGACAGUUCUUGUCCUGAGUUAUCUGAAGAUGAAAUGCCCAAUAAACCAAAAAUUAACAGAAAAUAUAUCACUGAAAUCGAUGAAUUAAGUGAAGAUAUCAGACAGUUAUCCGAAGAUGAAGAGUGUUAACAUAAUUGCAGUUCAGAAUCAGAAAUAUAAUAUCCAAAAGAUAAUCUAAAGUCCCUCAAAUUAGUUCAAUUAAAUUAUUAAAAUUAUCAACUCUUUAAACUCAAUUCACAUAUUAGAUAGAACAGUAUAUUAAUCAAUAAAAUCAAUAAGAAAAGAUUAAACGCAGAUUAGUUCAAUUAUUACUCAAGACAAGGAUAAAACUUUAAAGAAAAAACAACUUCUUUAGUUUGUCUCAGACAGGAACUACUCCUUUUGGGAUAGAUAAGAUAAUACCAAGACCUAAUUUGUUCUGAUUUUACUUCAUACAUGAAUAAACUCAAUCAAACUAUACUCAAUUUAGAGUCGGAGUUUCAAAAGGAUUUGCUUAAAGAUUAUAUGAAUUUUUAAUAAGUUUAAUUUUUAAUAUGA